AUGCCCACUUCAACCACUCUGUUGCGCGCUUUUGCUCGAACAGCUGCGCCUCGAGCUGUACAAACCUUCCAUGCAAACCACAUUCCAGCGUCCGCAUCGCGCCUCUUCCACCCGCCGCGAACGUCGACUGCCAUCCGCCGUUCACCUAUCCCGUCUCGAGCACCCCUCCCUGCCACGGCCCGUUUCGAGUCCAGCGCUGCCUCACCCACAUCGACCAAGGCCCCAACAUCGCGAUUAGAUCGAGACCAAGUCCCUUCCUACGAGCUCACAUUCACAUGCAACGCCUGUAAGACACGCUCCUCGCAUCGCCUAUCCAAGCAGGGCUACCAUCAUGGAACCGUCCUGAUCUCAUGUCCGGACUGCAAGAACAGGCACUUGAUCAGUGACCAUUUGAAGAUAUUUUCGGACAAGUCGGUGACUAUCGAAGAUUUAAUGCGGGAAAAAGGCAAUCUCAUCAAGAAGGGCUCCCUGAGUGCAGAAGGCGACGUCGAGUUCUGGGACGACGGAAGCUCGACGCCUCGAUCCGCCCACUUCCACCCACAUUCCAAACCCAAGGGUGACGAUCGAUUCACCGAGCACCCAGCAUCGCCCAAGUCAUCGCAGGACUGA